AUGGCUGCCGUGAGUUUAUCCUCUGCAUCACUCACUCCGCCGCAACUAUUCUCCAGCCACCGCAUCUCCGCCGUGUCCUCUCCUUCAAGGAAACCCUUUCCAGUCUCCUUCGCCGCCGUUUCUUUUCCGGAAGCCUCCGCCGUGCCACCAUGUGAUUGUGAAAUCAAGAGCUUUUAUUCGCCACCAAGAAUUCCAAUUGUUUUUCUUCAUGUUUUUAAAGCUCGGAGACUGGGCUGCCAAACUAUUGUAGCGAAUAAAGAAAACUUGGGAAAGGAAAAUGAAUUGAUGUUGGAUCAGCUUGACCAGACAUAUUAA